AUGGAGCCCUCCCGCAUUGACUGGAUCCUUGACAACGAGAAGAACUACUAUGAAGUCCUAGGCGUGCCGCGGGACGCGAGUGAGAAGGACAUCCGCCGCAGCUACCUCACACUAGCCCUCAAGCUUCACCCGGACAAAAACAUCGGCAACAAGAAGGCGGGGGAGGCGUUUCGCGCGGUGAGCAAGGCCUACAACGUCCUGAAGGACAAGAGGCUGCGCAUUAUUUUCGAUGAGGCGGGCGCUGAUAAGCUGCAGGGGCUUGAAGCAGAGGACCUGUCGCCGCGUAGCAUCCUUGUCUCGCUCGUCAAAUUUGCGGUUGCGAGGACGCUUUACUUUCUAGCUCGCCGAGCGUACGCCUCCGAGGUCUUGCGGGAGAGACAUGGAUGGGUGGAGGCGUUUGUCUCGUGGAGCCCGGAGGACGACUUCGCGUUUUCCCAGAGGGCGAGCCGAAAGGAGUCCCGACGCUUUGUGUGCAAAGUAUUUGCGUCGGUCCUGCUGCUGUUCCUCUGCGCCGUGGUGGGGCGAGGCUGUCUUCAGAGCUUCACCGGGGCGCCCGGUGCGGCGGCGGCGGGCGGGGACCCGUACCAGCGGCUCUCACGGCGCAGCCCCCGCGACGCCGGCGCCACCUUCACCGUCCGCGUGCUGCGUGACAGAAACGCGACCGACGUUGCCGUCUGGCGGCCCGCCAGCACCAGCGAGGCGGACGCCAGGGCGCUAGUGCGGCAAUGGAUUUCGGAGAAGUGCCCCACAGAGAAUCUCCUCGUCUGGGCAUCGCGCGAGCGCUACAAUGGCAGCGCCACUCUUCGCGUUGGACAUAAGCUGAGGGCGGAGCCGAGCCCAAACCGCGCCCCAAAACGCAAGUGGAAGGCCAAAAACUGGAGACCAAAGUUUGAGGAAUUCUUCCCUGUGAAGUCUGCCGAGGAGUUAUAUGUGGCGUCACCCCUCUGUGGGGGCGUGUGGUAA